AACAAUAUGGUUUCGCGUUUUCUUCUUUCACUCUCCCAAAAACCCUAGUUUUUGUGCUUACACACUCUUUCAGAGGCGGCUCUCCCUGCUCUGAUUUGCGAACGCAAUAAUGGUGAGAGUUAGUGUUCUGAAUGAUGCUCUCAAGAGCAUGUAUAAUGCUGAGAAAAGGGGAAAGCGUCAGGUCAUGAUCAGACCAUCCUCCAAAGUUAUCAUUAAGUUUCUUCUGGUUAUGCAGAAGCAUGGUUACAUUGGAGAAUUUGAGUAUGUUGAUGACCAUAGAUCUGGCAAGAUUGUUGUUGAACUGAACGGAAGGCUGAACAAGUGUGGCGUUAUCAGUCCUCGUUUUGAUGUUGGUGUCAAAGAGAUUGAAGGUUGGACUGCCAGGUUGCUUCCAUCAAGACAGUUUGGUUACAUUGUGCUGACAACUUCUGCUGGCAUCAUGGACCAUGAAGAGGCAAGAAGGAAGAAUGUUGGUGGUAAAGUGCUUGGUUUCUUUUACUAGGCUGAGUUUACAUCAAGGAUGGGAUUGGAGUUUUGCUUUUGAGAUUUUGAUGUGUACUUUGGAAGAACUUGUUUACAAUUGGAUUAGCUCUUUCGUUUCCUUGAUUUAAUUAUGAAUUUUAAAAUGAGAAUAGUAGUUAUUGUCUUUGUUAGUUGAAGACGAAUGAUGUUAUGUAUUCAUACAUUUAUCUAUUAUUGGUUGAUGUGGUUAUCAAUUUUCAUAAA